GUAGAGCGCUUUUCGGUGCGGCCCGCGGAAAUGGGCGAGCACAACCUCCUUAAUCCCGGCUUUGUGGGACCUCUGGUGAACAUCCACACGGGCGACACCUUCUACUUCCCCAAUUUCCGAGCGUCCGGGGGGCAGCUGCCCGGCUUGCCCUCCCUCUCGUACCCCCGACGGGACAACGUGUGCUCCUUGCCCUGGGCCUCCUCGGAGCCCUGCAACGGCUACGCGCAGCCCUACCUGGGCAGCCCCGUCUCCAUCAACCCGCCCUUCGGCCGAGCCUGCGACCUCGCCCGCGUGGAGGACCCCAAAUGCUACUACCGCGAAACCUGCCCCGACGCCGCGCUCAAGAGGGACGAGAGGCCCAGGGACCCCCCGCUGCUGCCCCUCGAGCCCGGCCUCCCCAACGGCCUGGGGGGCAGUUUCGGCAAAUAUGACUAUGGCCCCGCCGAGGGGGGGCCCCACGACCCCCCUUCUUGCCAGUCCUUGGAGUCCGACUCCGGCUCGUCGCUGCUCAACGAAGGGAAUAAAGGCAGCGCCGGCGACCCGGCGAGCCUGGCCUCCCCCCUCAACCAAGGCAGCACUUUAGGCACCGGUGGUGCUCCCUGGUACCCGUUGCACACCCGCUCGCGGAAAAAGCGCAAACCCUACUCCAAGCUGCAGCUCGCCGAGCUGGAAGGGGAGUUUAUGGUCAAUGAAUUCAUUACUCGCCAAAGAAGGAGGGAGCUCUCAGACCGAUUAAACCUGAGCGACCAGCAGGUGAAGAUCUGGUUCCAGAACCGACGCAUGAAAAAGAAAAGACUCCUCCUGAGAGAGCAAGCUCUGUCUUUCUUUUAAAGUUGCAAAAGCGUCCGUGUGGGCGAAACCCCAUCGACUCUCUAAGCGUUCACUCGAGCUCCCGGGACUUUAAUAAUCCCCCCCACCCCCUGAGAAAUAAAUGAAUAAAUAAAUGCUAUUAAUAAAUAAGCAGCUUCCCGUAAAAAAAAAACAAAAAAACAAAAAACAAAAAAGAAACCCGACGGCGAGCAGAUAAGAUCAGGAGAAUAUGCAACUGCUGCCCUGCUUGGGGGAAACCGGAGUGACUGCGACUGGCGACAGGGCAGCCCCGCCGGCGGGUUUCUGUGCUUCCAGAGACGCUCACCGUGGUUUCUGGGCUGCAAGGGAGCUUUGAGGGCGAUUUAAGCGGCUUGUCCUUGGCCGGCAGGACAGGUAGGGUCUCCGUGCAGCGCCCUGGCCGGGGCUCGCACCGCGGCGAGGGGGGGGAGCCCCAAAUCUGCUCCCUGGCCUCGGGUGCCACCGAGGGUUUUGAGUGUCCAGAGCUUUUUUUUAGUGUCGGUUUGCCAUGCUCCGGGUUUAAAAAGGUGGAGGGGGGGGGAGAGAAAAAUAGCAGCGAGGGACAGGAAAAUCUAGCUAAGGGGAUGCAGCGUUUCACCUUAAAUCAAGGUGAUUUCUGGGGGAAAAGGCUUUUUGCAGUGCUGCGUGUCACCCAGACGCGUCUUUUCCAUGCAAAUCGCCGGUUUGCGGCCAAUUAGGGGAGAGGCUUGUUCAGGAUCUCCAGCAAGAGGCGAGAGACAAAGGCUGUGCGUAUGUACCGUACAUAGGAUAUUUAUCUAUAUAAUAGGAGGUUCGUGUGUCGCACUGUGUCCCUAUAUGUGUCACGAGGUGGCCGGUUGUCCCCAGGCUUUGAUGCAACGUCAGGGCUAGAAUGAAAAUACCCAAACACACACACAUCGGGAAAACCCUUCGGGCAAACCCGAUUUCACCCCUGUGUUAACCGGAGCCUUUCACAGGUUUUCUCCGAAAUCACUCAACGUGUGCUUUCUGCCCCAAAAUCAGAUCCUUCUUAUCUAGCUGGCUAAAAUGAUGUCUUUUUCUUUAAACCACUCGACGGAGUAUUUAGGCUGUUUUGAUGUGUUUAGUGAUGACCACGUACAGAAAAAUCCUCCUUUUUUUUUUAACCAUCCGGUAGUAGCAGCCUGUUGGAGUCUGUUUGAGCGAGUCGCAUCUUAUCUUCCCUGGGAUCCCUCCAAAGAGCCACGUUGUCGCUCGGUUGCUAUUUUGUCUACGAAAGAAGAGACUACGUUUCUUUUAAGGCGAUAUUUCUUGUGUAGGUAGGGGCAAAGAUAACUCGGUAGCUUCCCAUCUUCUCUUUUACCCAUCGGGAACAGCCCCGGGGAAGACCUGCAAGUUUCUCCAGGCAGCAAUUUUUUCUUUGCCACCCCAGAAAAAUCACAGCAGUGACUAGAGGCAGCCUCGUCUUUAAAGAAGCAUUUUGGGGGCAGGCAGGGAGAUUUGUGGGCUCCCCAAACCGCUGUCUUGCUUCUGCCUUGCAGGGCAAUAGGGAGGGCCUGGGAGGACGGGAUGCAUUUUCUUUGUACGUGUGCUCGCAUUUUCUGCAGAAAACCACCCAUUUGGGUGAUUCCCCGUCAGGUGGGUGUUCAAGGCGCUUUGAGGGGGUGGGAAGGGGGUCGGCAAGGUGGUGGGAAGGGGCAAAGCAGCAGGUUUAGGUACCAGGGGAGCUUUGCCUGCUUGGCAAAUUUUAAGUCGGGAUAAAACUGGGGAGGAGAAAGUGCCGUAACCCGGAGUUUCGCCACAACAAGCUUUGCUCCAAUUCGUUUUUUACCCCGGUGGGAUUAAUUUUACGGCCAAGCAGCGUUUUCUGGGAAGGCUGGAUGCUCACCACGUGCUGCCGCUUCCCCGCGUUCAUGGUCAUGACCAGCCGCGGCGAGGAAUGCUUUUAUUUACGAGCUGCAAAGGACGGAGCCGACUCCUUUAAAAUGCCUCCCUGGGCUGGAAAGAAAAAAAAAAAAAGCAGAGGGAAAAAAAAGCAGCCUUUUCCUCCCCUCUGUGUCCGCUGCCAGGCUCGGGAGCAUCCAGGAGCCUCUACCCGCAUGUCACGCUCACCCCUUCCCCAGCUCCCCGGCUGCUUCCCCCCUUUUCCCCCCCUUCCUUCAACCCUGGAAAUGUCACAGCUUUAUUUCCCUCCGGUUGCUUUUGCAAAGGAAAGAUCCCCCCCCCCCCUUUUCUUUCCUCAUUGCUUAUGUGCGAGGGUCGCUUUUUGCCCCCUCCCCACUCACCUUGCCCAAGCCAGAGCCCGAAGGAGGGCAGCGCCUCUCCCCAUGCUGUGCAAUAAAGCCCAGGGCACGUUUGAUAUAUAUACAUUUAUAUAUAUAUAUAUGUGCUUCGGCUGAACCAUGUGCAAUGAAACGAGGAAGGAAAUGUGGAAAAAUUUAGUUUAUGGGGAAGGGGGCUUGGAUUUGGCAGCCCGGUGGUGGUUUUGGGGGAGGGAAGCGCUUUCGGGGCCCUGGCUCGCAGGGGCGGGGAGGGUUCAGGCUCCCACUGAAGCUGUGCGGUGUCGUGGGGACCCAGAAAGCCUCGAGUUUUGUGAUUCCACGGGAAGGGACCAAAUCCGCUUGUGUUUGACGUAACUAACCUCAGAUUCUGCCCCUUCACCCUCCGCACCGCUGCUAGGAGCCGUCGGUUGGGAGGCAGGUUUGUUUUGGAGGAAAGUAGGAAUUUGGGUGAAUUCCGGGGAAAUAUCAGCAAGGCUCGGUUGCAUUUCACUGCCGGCAUCUUAAAAAGAAAACAAACGCCCCCGUUUCGCUCUCCUUCCCCCAGCGAGGGUCACUUCCACCGAGCGAAAACCUCGCCGUCCCCAAAACACAAAAGACGAGUCACCAGCAGCACCGGAGGGUUGUCCCUAGUCAAUGUGUGCUAAGAAAAUCACCCCCAAAAAACCCCAAAUAUAUGCAAUAUGCUCUUUCGGAUUGCUUUACAAAUGCUCUUCGGUGGGAUUUCUGUUCGUCCUGUGUUUGGUCUCUGUGUUCGUGGCACCGUUUUUCUGCUUGUACCCCCUAGUCUAGCGGUCAAUAUGCAUCCUUUGCGGUAGAGCUCAUAUGUAAUGUUUCUUACCUCAAGCUAUUAUCUGUAGGGUCUAUGCAAAUGUCUGUUCUAGCACGUUCCGGCUUUAUAUAGUCCUGUAAAAAGUUGCUUCACAAUAAUAAUAAAAAUAAAAAAAUUAAUGUAUUAUUAUGUGAUUUCUUGAUAAUAAAUAAAAUUGCCCCCAAACAUC